AUGUGGCUAACAUGCCUAGCCUCUGCAUUCCGUACAUGUCUUGCUUGCACCAUAGUUGCCCUAACCACCCUGUAUGGCCCACAAUCUCUCCGACGCCAAGUAACCUUCCCGGCAUUCUCUUAUGUCACAGUCCUCCUCAUUGUUCCUGAUGCAACUCUGGGGCACACACUUUGUGGCUGUUGGCUCGGGCUCUACGCCACGGCACAAACUAUUGGCCCGGCGGUGUUGAGUCUGUGGCUGAUUGGGCCGGCCCAGCUUUCCACCAGCACGACCGCUCUGGCGGUGGGGCUUGCUGCAUUCGUGGUGGCUCUGCCGGAGUAUACUUACUUUGUGACCAAACGCAUAGCACUUGGACAGAUUGUGAUUAUGUAUGUCAUAGCUUAUAUAAAUGGGGGCCAUACGGAUGCUAUCAUGCACCCUGUCCACGUGGCUACAAGUACUGGAAUUGGGGUGUUGGCUUGUGUUUUGGCUCUGUUGAUUCCCUUCCCACGCCUUGCUUCUCGAGAGGUUAAACAAAACGCAGAGCUACUUAUCGAGAAUGCUUCAGAAAGACUCAAGAUCUUUGUAGAGGCGUUUUGCGCAGAAGAUAGCACAUCAGCACUUGCAUCACUUUCUCAAGCAAAUUCGUUGGCUUCCACUGCAACCAUGCUUUUCCAAACUAUCGAAAACCACCAGGAAAGCAUGAAGUGGGAGAGAGUUCCGCUGAAGUUAAUUUCGAGAUGCGGCUACGUAAAUCCAGGAGAUAGAUUGCAGGGCUUAGAGAUACCCUUUAGAGGAAUGGAAAUGGCAUUAACCUGUAUUCCUUCAUUUCCAGUUAAGGUGGUGAAUGGAGAGCUCAGUAAAGAUGCUCUACUUAGACUAGUAGAGCAGCACAUGAGCCUAGACUUAAGCACGCCUUGUGAUUCAGUAACUGUUCCUGAAUCAAAAGCAGAAAAUACUGGAGGAGCAACUAAUUCGUCCAAACAAAAUGGAUUGUAUUUCAAGAUAUGGAGUAACUUGUCCACCAAGGGAAGCAGCAAGAGGCUUAUGAGAGCUUUCAAAUGUUCACUCUCCUUGGGUCUUGCUGUGUUUUUCGGUUUGAUGUACAGCAAAGAUGAUGGUUACUGGGCAGGACUCCCAUUAGCGAUCAGUUUUGCAUCAACCAGAGAAGCAACAUUUAAAGUUUCAAAUGUUAAAGUACAAGGGACUGUUUUAGGAACUGUAUAUGGAGUUUUGGGUUGGUUUCUCUUCCAAAGGUUUUUGUCAAUGAGACUUUUAUCUCUGAUUCCUUGGUUCAUUUUCACCAGUUUUCUCCAGCGUAGCCGAAUGUACGGCCAGGCAGGAGGCAUUUCAGCAGUAAUUGGAGCCGUACUAGUUUUGGGGAGAACAAACUUUGGUCCUCCAAGUGAAUUUGCCAUAGCCAGAAUCACAGAAACCUUCAUCGGAUUAUCUAGUUCUAUUAUCGUUGACCUAAUCUUGCAACCCACAAGAGCUUCUGCUCUUGCAAAAGUUCAACUCUCUAGGACUCUUGGGACAUUGCAAGAGUGCAUCAACUCGGUGAGUCUUCAAUCAGGAAGAGCCAAUUUGGAAGAUAAUCAAAAGAGACUGAAAAUGCAUACUGAAGAACUUGGGAAGUUGAUUGGAGAAGCUGAGGGGGAGCCCAAUUUCUGGUUUUUGCCUUUUCAUAGUGCUUGCUACGGAAAACUCUUGAGGUCUUUCUCCAAAAUGAUGGACUUGCUAGUUUUAAGUGCUCAUGCAGUUGGAAUUCUUGAAGAAAAUUCACAAACACUUGAGGCUUCAUGGAAGGAAAUUGUACAUACAUUGGAAUGUGAUCUUGAACAUUUCAAGAAAAUGGUUGGAAGUUUGAUGACAUGCUUCAAGGAGAUCAUCUUGAUAAAAUCAAUCACAGUUCUUGAUCAAAAGAGUAACAUAUCUCCUGACCCCGAGUUGGGAAAAUCUCGAUCACCGAAUAUUUUUAGGGCUUGUAGUUCAGAGAUGGAUAAGAUUAUGAGUUCUUAUCUCCAACACUCGGAGGAAGUCGUUGAUAAAAUUGAUGCUAAAAGUGAGGAGCUCAAGAGCCAAAUGGUUUUGUGUUUAAGUGGUUUAGGAUUCUGCAUAAGUAGUUUAAUAAGAGAAACAAGGGAGAUUGAAGAGGGAAUCAAGGAACUUGUUCAAUGGGAGAAUCCUUCUUUCCACAUUAAUUUGUACGAAAUCUCUUGUAAGUUGCAUGAUUAUCAGAAAUAA